AUGGUAAAACCGCCAGACCAACAUGAUGCAGAACCAACAUUCACUACACUAACAAAAGUGAAAACUGUGGCAACCGACAGAAAAUUGCAAGCCGUACAAGAAGCGAGACGGUGCAUCGAACGGGAAAUGAUAUUUCGGAAUGCGGGAAAACGGAUCAGAGGGACGCCGUAUGGUUCGAAAGAUUUUCCCAUCUACUUUGCGUUUCAGAACGAAAAUCUGGAAGACUACGAAAUUGUCAGUAUUGGCGAACAGAAGUCGGGAGAAUGGUCACCAAUAGGAGCGAACGGAAAUCAUGAACCGAACGGGAAUAAUCUCUGCCAUCCUCUCACAAAUACUCCGACUUCGUCUUCCUCUCCACUCUCCACAUCUUCAUUUUUCAUAUCUGCCCAGCAGGCAAACGAAAUGUUAUCCAAACCAAUUCCAAAUGAAAUCGAAGCGAACACCAAAAAGAUUUCACUAGAAAUGAAAAUCUGGUUCUCUUUAGAAAUCUGUUCACAAUCCUAUUUUGCUGUCAAAAUUCUGAACGUCGAUCGAGGAAGACUUCAUUCCCUUAUGAGAGACGCAAGGGAUUUCAAUACUUUGAAAAGUGGGAAGGAUUUGUAUACAAGGAUGUAUAAUUGGUUGAAACUGUCAAGUGGGGAGAGGGAUGAGCUGUUGAAGAUGGAUCUGUUCGGGAAUCAUCAAAAAGUCGUCACUCCAGUUGGUGGAUCCGUGGUGACGGUGGAUGAGAAUGUUGUUUCAGCAGCUGUGGUGGAGGUUCCAGACACACACAACGAGGUUGACUUGUAUGAAGAUGAAUAUAUACUUCCCAGCGACCCGUCAUUCCUUCCAAAACCAGAUUACAUUCCUAUGACGUCAUACUCUCGGAGCCCACCUUACUCCUCUCCUUCUCCACCACUCCCACCAUCCGUCAACCGAAUCUCUGCGGACACAGCGUACAGGCUUCUCAACAACCCCAUCGACUACGUGGACACCUACAAAAUAGCUGCGGAAAUCCUGGAUUGGUUGAAGACGGCACCAGUGAGUCGAGACUGGUUCGCAGGGAAAAUAUUGAAUCGAACAAAACGAACACUUUCGGAUAUCAUCAAGCAUCCAAGGGAUUGGAAGGAUUUGAACCAUCGGACAGAGUAUUUCAUCAAAAUGUACAACUGGUUGAAUAUGUCCGAGGAGCAAAGGUUGCAGAUUAUGCACUGCUAUGGAGCGAGACCUUCGAAAUCUCAAUAUUCCUUCACUUUCAUCAAUCGAUAG